CAGGCUUCCCUUUAGAAACUGUUUCCAAGGGGAAAACUGUAAAUCUGUAUGCAAUACCAUGAUACGGCCUUGUAGCUGGGCCUGGGGACAUGACUGCAUCUGGUGCAUUCUAGGCCACUGAAAUUGUAAUAGUGAAAUGGGAGAGUUUUAAGCACCUGUAGCAACAAUAACAUGACAUUUCCAUACAGUUGAUUGAAUUCUACUCUGAUGCAUUGCGUUAGUAGCUUGUAUUCAAUGUUCACUCUUCUAAACAUCAGUGUACUUUUAAAUCCCAAGAGGGGUGCUGCUUAGGAUCAAGGGGGAGGGGGAAAUUCCCCGCCCCCUAAACGAAAACAUGCCAUUACGUUUCCUCACGAGGAUUACUGGGCUUGCCCACGGGCUGUGUGACUUCUUGAUGACUCCCGCUUUCGUCAUCUUAUUCACUUGUCUUUCCACUUAAUUUCUGUGCGAUGUUGUCAUUGUGAUAAUAAUGCACUUAGUGGGUACAGAGUACAGGGUACAGAGUACAGGGAACGCUUUCAUUUACGUGCACUUGCAUUUGGGACUUUAUCUCGUACAAAUUACAGGUCAUUAGAUUAUGUUAUCGAUAAAUCUAAUUUUGUUAUUCUUUCAUUUUGCCAUAAGUACCUUGACUAUAUCUUUGUGAAACAAAUUUGUUUGCAAAAAAAAUACCCUAUGCCCUAUGAAUGUACAUGUAUAAUGAUUAUACUCUAGUUACUGCUUUAGUGCUAUUUCAAGAUGUCUUGUGUGAAUGCUCUGAGUUUUAUCUGUUGGUUAGUAUUAGUUGUCAAGUGUCAAGCUCAAGGUGGGAAUGAAGCUGCCAAGAGCUCAAGACUGCAGAGAGACCUCAGCUAUACCAUGAAAACCUCCAACUACACUUCUGACACAAUUUGUCCCACUUGGUUCCAACCCACUUCUGAUUGGACCUUUCCCUGUGCAUGUACUAGUAAGCUACAGAGCAUCAUCCACUGCGACAACAAAACACAAACAGUGUUUCUAAGCAUUCACUCCUGCAUGACGUACGAUGAAAAAAGUGGCGAAUACGAUGUUGGUAGCUGUCCGUUUUCCCUUCACCAUCAGCACGAUCGAGGCCUCAGUGUUAAACUGCCACAGAAUGUAUCGGAAUUGAACGAAUUCAUGUGCGGAGGAUUGAACAGAACGGGACGUCUGUGUGGCAAGUGUAAGGAUGGCUAUGGACUCGCUCCGUAUUCUGCACAUAUGAACUGCACUCAAUGUGCCGGCUCUACCGGAUGGGGCUGGUACAUACUUAUCGAUUUCCUUUGUCAGACAAUAUUCUUCGCUAUUCUAUUCAUCCUGAAAAUCAACGUGACCUCUCCGACACUCAAUUCCUUUGUCCUCUAUGCACAGAUCUGCACUUCUGUGAACGUGAUUGCUCUGUUUAGUCUUAUUGAGAACUCCCCCGACCUUCAUAGCUUCUCAGGCCCAGGGGCUGCUUUUCUCACUCUCAUCAAUAUCUGGAAACUAGAUUUCUUUAUUGCCGUGGCGCCCCCCACUUGCCUUGCUGAAAAUUUGAGCGCACUACAGAUAGGGGGAUUGAGAUAUCUUUCUGCUUUCUACCCUCUCAUUUUGAUUUUUCUUCUCUAUGUGUUGAUAAAAGUUCAAGAUAUGAAGUGGAAGCCAGUGGUGACUCUUUGGAAACCUCUACAAAAAGCCAAAGCUAAAUUCAGUCAAUACUACGAACUUGAUCAGCCUGUAACCAAGGCCUUUGCAACUGUUUUUCUUCUCUCCUAUGUCAAGAUAGCAGACGUGUCUUACUCUCUGCUCCUUCCCACACAGCUGUACAAUGCGCGUGGGCAACCGACUGAGAAGAUGUGGUUCUACGAUGCAUCAGUCAGGCCGUUUCAAGGAGAGCACAUCGGCUACGGAAUUUUAUCGCUGAUGAUAUUUUUCACGUAUAUAUUCAUUCCACCUCUUCUUCUGUUUUUGUAUCCCUUCAAGGCGUUCCAAAGAUGCUUGAGCAAGCUGAAAUAUGGACAGAGCACUAUUAAAAUAUUCAUGGACAUCAUGCAGUGUCACUACAAGGACGGCCUCGAUGGCAAAUGGGAUUUGCGCUCAUUCUCGGCUGUGUAUUUCUGGAUUCGAUUUGUGUUUAUUUUCGUACGUCUAAGCUCUGCAUACUAUGGAUGGCAUUACAAUAUCCUUAGUCUCAUGUUUACGGCUUGUGCUAUUUUUGUCGCUAUUAUAAGACCUUACAAGAAAAACCGUUACAAUUUUCUCGAUUGUUUUUUUUUAUCACUAUUAGGGUUAGAGUUCCACAUUUACUUUAUUGUAAUAGUUUACAGUGCACUUUCAAAUGUGUUUGUGUCAUGGCUGUAUCUUCUGUUCCUCUUGCUCGGUUUCUCGCCUCUUAUUUACUUUUUUGGCUACCUCACUCAUCACCUCUGCACUGCAAUCAAACUACCCGGCGAGUGGCAAGCUGCUCUCGACAAAAGAUGGUUGAAGUUAAGGAUUGUAUUGAGGCUGAACAAACAGAGACGCUACACUAUUGCUUCUGACCAUGAGUGUACUGACAUUGAGCUACCAGAUCGCUGCGUGCACCCUGAACUCUAUGAUACUUUUUUGAACAGCUACAAUGAAGAAAAUGAUCGACCAGCCACAAUAUAAAGCUGCUUGAACUGUUUUAAUUUGAAGUGUUUAUGUUAGUUUUUAGUGUGUACCUUUAUAUCUUGCUGAUAUCUAUAUACAUGUACUUUCAUUAUAA